AUGCCGUCGUCUCCGUCCGUGCUCGUGCUCUACCGCCUGAACCCGGCCAUUCUCGCUGACCUCGCCGGCCGCUACCGCCUCCUCGACUCCCACGCCUCGCCGCUCCCGUUGUCCGCCUUCCUCGUCGCCGCGGCCGCCACCGACGACCCCCCGCGCGCGGCCGUCGUCCCAGGCAGCGGCGUCGUCCGCAUCGACGCGGCGUUCCUGAACGCCCUCCCCUCGCUGGGCUGCGUCGUCUCCGUGAGCGCGGGCCUCAACCACGUCGACCUCCCUGAGUGUGCGCGCCGCGGCGUCGCCGUCGCCAACGCCGCGGGGAUAUACUCCGCCGACGUCGCCGACUACGCCAUCGGCCUCCUCAUCGACGUGCUCAGCGGCGAGUUCCUCCUCUCUCCCCCCGUCGGCUCCAGGCUCGGCGGGAAGCGCGUCGGCAUCGUCGGCCUCGGCAGCAUCGGGUCGGCGAUCGCGAGGCGGCUCAAAGCGUUCGGAUGCGUCGUCUCGUACCACUCCCGGCGGCGGAAACACGGCGUCUCCUACGGGUACCGCCCCACGGCCCUCGACCUCGCCGCGGGCUCCGACGUGCUCGUGGUGGCGUGCGCGCUGACCGCCGAGACCAGGCACGUGGUGGACAGGGCCGUGUUAGACGCGCUCGGGAGCGGCGGCGUGGUGGUGAACGUGGCGCGCGGGGCGAACGUCGACGAGGCGGAGCUGGUGAGGGCGCUGGCCGAGGGCAGGAUCGCCGGCGCCGCGCUGGAGGUGUUCGAGGACGAGCCCGACGUCCCGGCCCAGCUGCUGGGCAUGGACAACGUGGUGCUCACGCACCACCAGGCCGCGUACACCCCGGAGGCCAUGACCGACCUCGACUGCCUCGUCGCCGGCAACCUCGAGGCCUUCUUCGCCGGCGCGCCGCUGCUUACACCCGUCCUCGAGGUCUUCGACUGA